AUGCUUAGCAAUAGUGUUAAUAAUAAUAAUAAUAAUAAUAACAUUAAUAAUAGUAAUAGUAAUAAUAAUGAUUCAAAUAUUCAUAAGAAUGUUAAGAAAUUAAUGGUUGCAUCAAUUUUCGGCGGUAUUAUGUCAUCAUUAAUUGUCACACCACUUGACGUUGUUAAAACUAGACUUCAAACUCAAAAUACAGGUUCUCAUAUAAACCAAAAACAUGUAUUCAAGGGUACACUUGAUGCAUUUAAAAAGAUCUAUAAAAAUGAAGGUCCUUUAACCUUUUGGAGAGGUGUAACUCCUUCAUUAUUAAUGACAAUACCAAGUGCAACAAUAUAUUUCACAUCAUAUGAAUAUUUAAAAGAAUAUUUAUAUCAAUUUAAUGAUACAGAAGCAUAUAAUAUAUAUACUGUACCAUUGGUGGCAGGUACAUUGGCAAGAAUUUUUUCAGCAAGUGUAACAUCACCAUUUGAAUUAUUAAGAACCAAUUCCCAAGGAAUAGUAUUACAAAAUGCAUAUAAAAAUACAGUUGCCAUGGCAGCAUCAUCAUCAACAGCUACAAUUGGAACAAUACCAUUAUCAUCAGAACAAAGAUUUAAUUCAUUUAAAUUAUAUAGAGAUAUAGUAAACAAUGUUGGAAUUAAAGGAUUGUGGAGAGGAUUGGGACCAACUUUAGUUAGGGAUGUACCAUUUUCAGCAAUCUAUUGGGCAGGUUAUGAAGUUUUAAAGAAUAAAUUAAUGAAAUCACAAAUUGAUCCAAAUUUUAGCAGAAAUUCAAAAUCACCAUUUUUCAUUAACUUCAUUGCUGGUGCAACAAGUGGUACAUUGGCGGCUGUACUAACAACACCAAUUGAUGUCAUUAAAACUAGAAUUCAAAUGUCAGCACAACAAACUCUAUCACCCUCUUUAACGCCACAACAACAAUUAGAUUUCAUAAAGAAAAAUAAUAGUUCAAUUUAUCAUCUCAAACAAAUACUUUCUCAAGAAGGUUGGAAAGGUUUAACAAAAGGUUUAGUACCACGUGUUGCUAAAGUUUCACCUGCUUGUGCUAUUAUGAUUUCAACAUUUGAAUAUAUUAAACAAUCACAUAUUGCUGAUGAUAAUUAA